AUGAAAUAAAGUUUUUAAUUUGUUUACUAACUUGUAAAAAUUUUUAACUUUUUAAAAAAAUUGUUGUCAGUAAAUAGAAAAACAAAAAUCUAUUUAAAAUUUUUAAAAAGAGUAUGGAGAGGAUGGCUUUAAAUAGAACUAAUUUUAGGUUUGAAUACAUGGAAAAAGAGAAAGAAACAUUUAAAAAUGUUAAUUUUUUUGACAAAAUUAAAAUCUUUUUACUUUAUUUCAAUUGGCUAACUCUCAAAAAUAUGGAUUUGUAAAAAUUAAAAACAUGUAAAAAUAAUUUGUGAGGAAAAUGAGCUGAACGUAAUAGGAUAUUUGUAUUUGAAUUGA